GCUCCCACAAUCUCGCAUCUCAAGCCCAAAGAUUCCUCUCAGAUUCUCCUCCGCUUCUUCUCGGCCGAUCUGCAAAGUUGACUGUCAGGUCCAAUGAGCGUGCUCAGAACCUCAGUCUCUUCUUUCUUCCUCACCAGAAUCGAUCCUGAUGGCUUCAUCUCCGUUGACAGAAGCCGACGGCGCUUUACAGCCUCCGCUACGCUUUCGGAACAGCUUGACGGCACGCAGAGCAAGGUGAGCGGCGAUUCUUUCAUUCGCCUCCACCUCAAGAAACUUUCUCCCUAUCAGCCAAUCCUGCCAUUUGAGGUUUUGUCUGCGCGCCUAGGGAGAAAGCCUGAAGAAAUAAUCAAACUUGAUGCAAAUGAAAAUCCAUAUGGCCCCCCUCCAGAGGUUGCCGAAGCAUUGGGAACAAUGAAAUUUCCUUAUGUAUACCCAGACCCAGAGAGUCGUUCCUUACGUGCCGCUCUUGCUAAGGAUUCUGGUCUCGAACAUGAUUAUAUUCUUGCUGGAUGUGGAGCCGAUGAGUUAAUUGACUUAAUCAUGAGAUGUGUGCUUGAUCACAGUGACAGGAUUGUUGACUGCCCUCCUACAUUUACGAUGUAUGAGUUCGAUGCAGCGGUAAAUGGUGCUUUAGUUAUUAAGGUUCCAAGACUCUCAAAUUUCAGUUUGGAUAUCCCCCGUAUUAUUGAAGUUGUCAAACAGGAAAAACCAAAAUGCAUUUUCCUGACUUCUCCAAAUAAUCCGGAUGGGAGUAUAAUUAAUGAUGAAGAUCUUCUAAAGAUUCUGAACUUGCCUAUUUUGGUUGUACUGGAUGAGGCAUACAUUGAAUUCUCUGGUCUUCAAUCAAGGAUGAAUUGGGUAAAGAAGCACGAUAACUUGAUUUUUCUCCGUACAUUUAGCAAAAGAGCAGGUUUAGCUCGACUUUGUGUUGGUUAUGGAGCUUUUCCUCUCAGCAUUAUUCAAUAUGUAUGGCGGGCGAAGCAACCAUACAAUGUAUCUGUGGCAGCAACAAUUUCUGCAUGUGCCGCUUUGCAGAAUCCUGGUUAUCUGGAGAGAGUAAAGAAUUUACUUGUGCAAGAAAGGGAAAGGUUGUUUGCUCUUUUGAAAGAAGUGUCAUAUCUUAAGCCAUUUCCAAGUUUCUCCAACUUUAUUCUUUGUGAGGUUACUUCUGGAAAGGAUGCUAAGAAGCUGAAGGAAGAUCUUGCAAAUAUGGCAGUGAUGAUAAGGCACUACAAUAACAAAGAACUGAGAGGCUAUGUUCGGAUCUCUGUUGGAAUGCCUGAGCACACAGAUUCACUGAUGAAAUGCCUCAAACUCCUUGAAUAAAUCCAUGCCUUCACACUUGACAAGUAUGCAAAAUUUUCAUGGAUUUUGUAAUUUUUAUUUGCAGAUUUGCACUUUUCUUUUCCUUUUUUUUAUUUUAAUGAAUGUUUUAGGUUGACCUGAAUUGAAGUUUUUGUAGGUAUUUAUAAGUUCAUGCUAAGCUUAUGUUAUUUUCCCUUC